AUGGCACUCUCUUCGUCACAGAUCGUCCUUCUCUGUGCCGUCGGCAUUAUUUUGCUGGCAAGACCUGCUCACGCUUUUGGUGCGGGCAAUAUCGGAUCCACCUCGAAAAUUGAGGGGCAAAACUGGCGACAUGGUGAUCUCGAAGACACCCUGCUAACCAUAGUGGCCUCCCGCGCUAUGGGCGGCAAGAAGUUCAGCAAGCUUGACGUGAAGAGAGUUUAUUUCGGCAAUUGGCUGCGUGAUUACAGUCAGGCGGUCGAUGUCGGCACUGUCAAAUAUGUCAGCGCAGAAGCCAUUCGCAUCUUGCUUUGGGUCCUUGGGUUCAUGUCUUUCGGAUAUGGCUCGGGCGAGUUCGAAGUCACAAGCCAGAGGCUCGGGUGCUAUCGACCAGAGGAACAUAUCGACAAUCCGAAGGAUUAUGCAGACAACGAAGAUGCCAGGCAGUAUGAUCGCCGCCUUCGCGGUCCUGUUGACGAACGCCGAGAACUCUCCAUCAACCCACAGACUGGGUUGAAGAACUACAUUGCUUCCGAAGGCAUGGGAAUUGAAACUUCAGCUGGUCUGGUGAGAAGACUCUUCGGUAGGAGCAUCGAACUCGGUCGACAAUAUGCACGGAACAAGAACAAGAAGGACCUCUAUGAAGCACUCCGCCUACUCGGUACUGGAUCCCACUGCCUGGAAGACUACGCGGCUCACUCCAACUAUGUUGAACUUACUCUCAUCGAGAUGGGUGAACGGGACGUCUUUCCUCAUGUCGGUCGCCGCACUGCUAUCCAACUCCGAGAGGCACGUCACCCAGUCUACCCUAUUGUCACGGGUACCUUCGGUGGCGUCGACUUCCUCCAUUCCGUCUGCGGCGAAUUUGAUGACAAGACAACGCAAUCUGAAAUCCAAGAACUCGACGACACCUUACAACAGUACCAAAACGGCAAUCAAGACAAUAGCAUCCUGCAAGAUCUCCUCAAUAAACUGCCCUCUGGGGUGUUCGGUGGAAAGGACCAAGCUGGAAAAGCCAGCGAACUGCAACAAAACGCUCUGAACCACCAAAUGCAGAACUCUCGCAUUACACCUCGUCAACCAGAGCAGUGGACUCGUUACCUUGAAGAUGUGCAGAAACAGAUCUACCCGAUCAUAGAAUGGCACGACGAAAUCAUGCAGUCCAUCACCGAAACGAUUGAAAAGAUCCCAAUUCUGCCUGACCUGAUUGACCAAAUUCAGGACGAAAUCAACAAGUUUGUCUUCAGCUUGCUAGCUCCUUUCGUGGUGCCCAUCAUCAACCAGGUCAAGACCGAACUUAACACUGGCUCCAACGAGAUCAUCCAAUCCAGUGUCGCUCAGCAGCACAUUGUCUUCAACGACGAUAAUUCCUCGGACCCAACCCAUUCCAUGCUUUCAAAGGACCACUUCUCCAAUAUCCUCAACGAACCCGCUGGGAAAGUUGCUCAUCAAACUGUGAAAUGGGUGGUCCCCCAGAUUGUGGCGUGCUGGGAUGAUGAGCGAAUCGAUGUCGAGCGGACCCUGAAUCGCAUCAUUCAUGGCGUUCUUCACCAUCCUGCGUUGCGUGACUAUGGACAAGAUGGCGCUACCGAUGGGCGUCGUCUCAUGUUUGGCGUCGUUGAGGAAUGGUGGCGCGGGAAAUCUGCCUCUGAGAAGGAUGGUCUACGCGAACAACUCAGCCGGCGGGGCGUCGAGACAGGUAGAAACCACAAGCCAGGGGUUCAGGACCACGGGCAUGGCAAUAACCGACCUCUCGGCAUGGCGAAUCUCAACUUCAACAACCAGUCGUCCGGUAUUGCAGGCAGUGCUCUCGGGGCCAUCAGUUCUGCGUUGGGCGGCGAUCAGAGUGGUGGCCGACCACAGAAUGUCUCCAGAACCAGCGAUCAACUCGGUAAAAUGGCCGGCGCGGCAGUCGGCGGCGGCGUCCUGGGAUCCCUGGUAGGCGGCAUUACGAGCCAAAUCGGUGGCCAAAUUGGCGGUGACAUCCUCGGCGGCGGACUCAGCCAGGGCCAAGAGACGUACAAGCGCGACUCGUACAACCGUCAAGACGGGUCUCGGACAGAGACUGUGACGCAGUUCGGUCAGUCGUCUUCAGGAGAUAGGUAUGGCCAGGCGCAAUACUCGAGGACCACCGAACCCAGUGGCGAGAGGCGGUAUGAGGAGUACAAUCGUUUUGAGCAGCGCGAGACCGUUGGUGGAGGAUGGCAGAGCGAAGUGCAUCAUCAGGAACGAACAGGCGAAGGCAGGUAUCACGAGGAGACGAGACGCUACGGCGACAAUGAUAACGACAGCCCGUAUGGUGAACGUCAAGAGCAUCAUCGUCAACAACACCACCGACACGGGCGUGAUGAGGAUGAUCACGAUCGCUACGAACAGCGCCGUGACCGCGACGAGGAGCCAUAUUCCGCGGGCAGCUACGGCAGCAGCGGUCGACGACAGCAGCAUGAGACGGAAGGUUCUGGGUAUGGCGGCUCAGAGGGCUACGGGCGCCACCAGGAGCACGAAUACGGUCGACGAAACGACGACGACAACAACCAGUAUGGCUCUGGUUAUGGCCGUCAGGAGCAGCGCCGCGACGAGUAUUCCUCCAGCGGAUACGGUCGUGGGGAGGAAGAACCACGGUACGAGUCCAGUGGCUUCGGAGGCGGACGUCGUCAGGAAGAGGAGCAAAGCUACGGAUCCGGUUUUGGUGGUGGCGGCGGAUACGGCCGUCGUCAACAAGAACAAGAAGAGUCCUCUUACAAUGACAUCCCCGGCGGCUUCGGCAGCAACCGACAAGACGAGUACUCCUCUGGCGGCGGCCGCGGCGAUGAGUACGGCGAGCGAGACGAUGGCGGUUACGGAGGCGGCGGCGGCGGUUUUGAGAGACGAGACGAGUACGGCGGCAGUGAAGGUCGGCGUCGAUAUGGCGGUGGUGAUGGUGACGACGGCGGUGAGAAUGAGGGAUAUGGUGGUGGAUACGGUGGCGGGUACGGGAGCUCGCGAUACUGA